AUGGAGAUCGAUCCGCGUCUGCGUGCUGGCAGUGACAGCUCUCCUGCCGACGGCACCGCAGCCGGUCGUCCAUAUAUCCCUCCCCCGGCCUCCUCCUCCAGACAUCCCGACCCCAAUGCCGCCGCUCCCUCCGCUCUUGCACGCAGCAGCAAUUACCCCGAGCCACCGUCCCCUUACUCGCCCGCUGACCAGCUGCGAUCCGCCGUCUCGUCUGCAAGUGGGCCCGGCUACUACGGCAGCGCCGCGCACUCCCAGUCGACGCCAUCUAUCUACCGAAGCGGGCCUGAACCUGGCUCUGUGCCCAGCACGUCCUCUCAACUCGACUCCGUCGAUCCGAACGAUCCGUAUGCCGAAUUACGACGUCCGCGCGCCUGCGAAGCUUGCCGACAACUCAAAGUCCGAUGCGAGCCCGAUCUCAGCCAUCCCAAUGGGACGUGUAAACGGUGCGCCAAGGCCGGCAGAAAUUGUAUCGUGACCCUUCCCACGCGCAAGCGCCAGAAGAAAACCGACAGUCGCGUGGCGGAGCUGGAGAGAAAGAUCGAUGCCUUGACGGCAAGCUUGCAGGCCUCCCAGGGCCAUGAAACCCACCCUCUUCCGCCGCCCGCGACUCUUGAGCCGCCACGCGAGGAGCAUCCGGGAAGGCGCUGGCUGCCAUCCGCAACGCAUGUCUCUGCUAAUGGAUCGGUACCUCUGAAGUCACCAUCCAGCACGGCGGGGAGCAAGCGGCAACACGGUGGGGAGAUCAAAGAGACUGCUCCAGUGUCUUCUCGCACUUCGAGCCCAUCCGACGACCAAUCAUUGUACAAUAAGGCUAUUAAACAAUGGCGGGCUAUGGGAUACGGAGCGGAGCCACAACCCAAGGAUACGGCCAGCGAGGGCGGGGGCGAUCUGAUUGACAGAGGCCUCGUGAGUGAGACACUGGCUGAGGAGGCAUUCACCAAAUAUAUAGACUAUAUGGCCACCCUUAUACCUAUGGUGGUGUUCCCACCGGGCACAACGAUGGAUGAGGUGCGGCAGAAGAAGCCGGUGCUGUUUCACGCUAUAGUUGCGGCCGCGAUCGGUACUAUCCAACCACAGUUGCAGCUGUCCUUGCUGGAUGAUUUCUACAAAGUGCUUGCAGAACGAGUCGUGGUGAAAGGUGAAAAGUCUCUGGAUCUAGUCCAGGCGAUCUUGGUGUGCUGCAAGUGGUACACGCCGCCAGACAACUUCGAGGAGGUAAAAUUCUAUCAGUUGUCCAACAUUGCUGUCUCACUCGCGAUGGAUCUGGGUCUCAAUCGGAAGGCGAUCCCCAAGUCGAAGCCGUUCGCCCUAGUCAAGGAGCUUAUCUCGAAGAAGUCAUCUGUCGUCCUAGAUCUGGAUUCACCCGAGGCGAGACGGACUUGGCUUGCUUGUUAUUUCCUCUCUGUGCAGGUCGCCGUCUCUCUAAGGCGCGUGAAUCUAGUCCGAUGGCUGCCAUAUAUGGACGAAUGCGUGGAAAUACUGGAGAAGUCACCAGACGCCUUACCAUCCGACAAGGCCAUGAUCCAAUGGGCAAAGCUAGCCCACAUCCUCGAAGAUAUCGCCGUCCAGUUCACUACCGACGACGCCCCUACCGUAUCAUCCUUCUCAGACCCGAAAUUCCUCUACACGCUCCGAGUCCUCGAAAGGCAACUCGAACAAUGGCGUCGAGAAACUCCACCAGAGCACUAUUCCCCCAUCAUGAAACAAGCCUAUUGUAUCCUCAACCUCUUCCUCCACGAAAAUGCCAUGCACGUAGAAUUCCACCGAGACGAUUCCAAAUCCGCCAACGACGAUCUCGCCAGCCCCACCAGCCCAGCUCACAUCAACGCCCUAAGCACCUGCCUCACCUCCAUCCACGACGCCAUCGACGUCCUCUGCUCCAUCGAAACGAAAGACCUAGUCCUAGCCCCGACCAUCGCUCUGGCCCGAACGUCCUUCGCCAUCGUCGCCCUCAUCAAGAUCUACUCCAUCGUCUCGAGCCCAGACACCCGUAUGGCCCAAGUCAUAGACCUCAGCAGCCUGAAGACAGAAUACUACCUGGACAAAGUCAUCCGCCAUUACACCAAAGCCGGCGAAUCCCCGGGCGGUCGCACCCCUGCUAAAUUCAGCGUCGUCUUGACUCUUCUCCGGAACUGGUUCAUGAAACGCAAAGACCAGGGACCUGUCCUCAAAGACGCGUUGUCGCUGUUUAAGUGCUCUGAUGAAGAUAGACUUCAGCAACCCCCCAAACAAGGCCAAGGCCAAGGCCAAACCCCCCUCCACCUCCUCAGCGAAGUCGCCAUGGGCGACCCUCAAUCCCGCUGUGCAACCAACAAUCCAUCCCCGAACCAAACAACAACAGCAUCAACAACAACAACAACAACAACAACAACAACAACCAACAGCAAUAGACCCAUCUACACGCCCAACACCGCAACACCCUCAACAAGUAGUUACCCCGACCUUCUCACAACCACCCAACCCCAACAGUCUACAUCAUCAGACCUGCCCGUCCCCCCUCACUCUCACCCUCACUCCCUGAACCCCAGUCCCACCACUGACUCCACCGCCGAACCACCUUCCACAUCUUCAAACUGGGUCCAGUACCCCCCUCAACCUCGCCAAUACUACUCUGCAUUUAGCCCCGGGUACCAAGAUGUACAGGGAUUCGGGGCUGAUCCGGGUAGUGGGAGUAAUGGGAAUGGCAUGGUGGUGACUCCAGGUGGUGCUGGUGCCAGUGUUAGUGGAGGAGGGGGAGGAGGGCAUCCGAUACAGGGAUUAUUUUUCCCCGAGUUGGGGGUGCAGAUGGGGUUUGAUCCCGAGAAUCUUUACAUGUUGGGGAAUAUGCUUGGAGAUGAGAUUCUCAAUUUCCCAUUUCAGGCGGAUGGGGGGAUGGGGUUUUAUUAA